UCACAUAAACUUUGCGACAUAUUCAAAAAAGUUGCCAGAGAACCUCCAGAUCAUUUUGAUCAAGACAUUUUCCCACAGUCAAAGAGAGUCUCUUGUCUGAAACCUGCUGAUCACUACAGGAGCUCCCUGACGCUCACUAGAAGACACAGCGAAAUAAAAAGCACUGCACACUUUCACUCUUCCACAUCACUCUCCACUAACCUCCAAGAUCUCUGUACGCUUGCACGCUAACCUCCCCACUGCCAGCAUGGAGAAGGUUCAGCACAUGACUCGCUCUGCUAUGAGGAGGGCAUCCACUAUCGAGGUGAACCCACAGGCCAAACAGAACCUGCAGGAGCUCUUUGUCAAUUUCUGCCUCAUUCUCAUUUGCCUCCUGCUAAUGUACAUCAUUGUGUUGCUACUCUGAAGCCCCAGCCUGGCUCCCUACUUACAGCACUGACCACCAGCUAGCCAAUGGGAAGACGAACUGCGAUGGUGGAUGCGGGUGGGUGGCUUUUUAGAGAAAACUAAGGAAUUUGUUUCCUUCUGGCUUGCUAUUUGUUUUCAGUUCCAAAGAAGGACAUAUUUUAAAAAAAGAAAGAAAUACAUAUUUUGAUGUCUAAAAUAAAAGCAGUUUAGUGUGUGUAAAAAAAAAAGUUAAAAAAAAGUUAAGUAAAAUGCAAUGCACCUGCAAUGUCUUUUUGCCCAUUUUUGUUAUGCAAUAAUGUUAUUGCUGAGGGGGCAGGGGUAGGUUCCAGAUAAAGACAACAUUGAUUAAUGCACAGUUUAGAAAAUGUUUUGGCUCACAUGUGAAAUGAAUAUGGUCAUGACAGAUCUCUUCACUAGUUUGGCACCAGUGCAUAAACAGGCCUGGGGCUGAAGGAAACGCUUGGCCCUGCGUCACUCCUGCCUCAGCACUCCUCUGUUCACCGUGUUGCAUGCAGCGGUUUUCUUCUUGUUAAAUGGACUCCAGAAACUGUAUUAAAAUCACAAGCAGCACUACUUUGAGAAAAACUUCACAAAAAGCUAUGCAAUAAAAUGUACAAACAGCUA